UUUCUGUAGUUGUAGCAAACCAACGAAGAGAUCGCUGUUGAUCGCUUUGACUGUUUGCUUUGCUUCAUUUUCCUGCUGGAAGGCGAAUCUCCACCCCAGUCCCAAGUUUUUUGCAGCUUCUAACAGGUUUUUCUUCAGACGUGACUCUCUGCUCAACAUUUUUGAUGAUCUGCACAACAUCACCUCAGGGAUUUGGCCGCUGAACCACACAAGCCAUGUACCAAGUGGUGCCAGGCGGUGCUGGUGGCACAAUUACAGAUGUUAUCCCCAAGCUGAAACACACCAAGGACACGCGACCCUUGGUUGGAGCUGGAGUCAUCGGUCUGUUACUGGUCAUCGCAGCCGUGACUGCCUGGUGUUAUUACAUUGCCUCGCUGCGCAAAGCUGAGCUGCUGAAGACUCAACUGCUAGAUCUCAAUAAGGAUGGCUACAUCAUCCGCAACCAGGGAGGCUCUAUUGUCUUCAGAAUGGAUUUCAGAUCAGGGACCCUGGACUUGGACUCCUGCUCCAAAGAGGAGGAAAUUCUUCGUUGUGGACGGACCACUGACAGAAAGCUUAAGUUUUUUAUAAAGACAGUGCGACCCAAAGACACUGUGCAGUGCUACCGUGUGCGUUGGGAAGAACUAGUCCCUGACAUUCCUGUUGAGCAUGCCAUGACCUACAAGUUUGCGCACUGGUACGGUGGUGCAGUUUCAGCAAUUCAGCACUGGCCUAUUUCUCUUUCAGGCCAACAGGCUCCCAAACCCUUUGUCACAAGCGACAUCUACUCAAACCGUGAUGAAUUUGGUGGAAUCCUGGAGAGCUACUGGUUGUCAUCCAACGCUACUGCCAUCAAGAUCAACAACUCUGUUCCUUUUCACCUCGGCUGGAAUGACACAGAGAAAACCAUGUACUUUCAAGCAAGGUACCAUGAUACCCCUUUCAAGCCAAACCUGGGGGAGGCUCCUUGUGCUGAACUGAGCUACAGAGUCUGCGUGGGUUCGGAUGUUACAUCCAUACACAAGUACAUGGUCCGGAGAUACUUUAACAAACCAUACAAAGUGCCUGCCAAAGUCAUGUUUGAGCAUCCUCUUUGGUCAACUUGGGCUUUACAUAAGCGUGACAUCGAUCAAGAAAAGCUCCUGACGUAUGCUGCCAACAUUCGCAAGUAUAGCUUUAACUGUAGUCACCUGGAGCUAGAUGACCGCUAUACAAAGCACUAUGGAGAUUUUGAGUUUGACCCAGUUAAGUUCCCUAAUGCAUCUGAAAUGUUCCAAAAGUUAAAAUCGGAUGGAUUUUUGGUUUCUCUCUGGAUUCAUCCCUUUGUUAACUAUGACUCGGAGAACUUCCAUAACCUGGUAGAGAGAGGGUUGUUCGUCCGAGAGCCAACAGGCCGGCUGCCUGCGUUGGUGCACUGGUGGAAUGGCAUUGGUGGAAUUUUGGACUUCACCAACCCUGAGGCCCGUGAUUGGUUUGCCUCCCAGUUACGUUCACUGCGCUCAAAGUAUGGGGUGUCCUCUUUUAAAUUUGACGCAGGGGAGACAAACUACUUACCCUGGAAAUUUAGUACAAAGGAUCACAUUCGCGACCCAAGUUUUUUCACAAGGCGUUACACAGAGAUGGCUCUUCAUUACAACGACCGCGCUGAGCUGCGCAGUGGUUACCAGUCCCAGAACAUAUCCUGCUUCUUCAGGCCAAUUGAUAGAGAUUCUGUGUGGGGUUAUGAGCUGGGCCUCAAAUCUCUUAUCCCCACAGUGCUCACCAUCAGCAUUCUUGGGUAUCAGUUCAUCCUGCCAGACAUGAUCGGGGGGAACGCCUACCUGAACCACACAAGCGGAGAAAGAGCAUUACCUGAUAAAGAGCUCUACAUCCGCUGGCUGGAGCUGUCUGCCUUCAUGCCUUCCAUGCAGUUUUCUAUUCCACCAUGGGAAUACGGCAAUGAGGUCGUGGAAAUUGCUCGGAAAUACACAGCCAUUCACGAAAGUAUUGUGGCGCCGCGGGUCCUUGAGCUGGCAGGUGAGGUUUUGGACACCGGGGACCCAAUCAUACGUCCACUGUGGUGGAUUGCCACAGGUGAUGAGACGGCCUAUAAAAUUGAUUCCCAGUUCCUGAUUGGGGAUGACCUAAUGGUAGCUCCAGUUUUAGAGCCUGGAAAGCAAGAACGAGACAUCUACCUACCCGCCGGGCACUGGAGAAGCUACAAGGGGGAAAGAUUUGACAUCAAAGAAGCUUUGCACCUCACAGACUAUCCUGUGGACCUGGAUGAAAUUGCCUACUUUGUUUGGGUUUAGCAAGAAAGAAAAUGAAAAACUGGAUUAUCUCAUGCUCCUAUUUCCCUUCUUUUGUGCCUUUCAAAAGGAUUCAUACACCUUGAACUUUUCCAUAUUUUGUCACUCCAUAAGCACAAACCUCUAUGUAUUUUGAUAGGAUUUUAUGUGAUGGGGCAACACAAAGUAUUGCUUAAUUCUAGGGUGGAAGCAGAAAGAUACCUGGUUUUGAAAUAUUUUCCUGCAGCUGCAAGUCUAUUUUUUGUUUUGUUUUGCAGCUGCAAGUCUGAUGGGGAAUGUCUUUGUCUGCUUUGCACAUUUAGAGACUGAAAUGUUUCCCCAUUCAUCUUUGCUAAGUAGCUCAGUAAGAUUGAAAGUAGAGCGUCUUGCCACAGAUUCUCAUUUGGAUUUAGGUCUGGACAUUGACUGGGUCAUUUCAAGACAUGAAUAUCUAAACCAUUCUAUUAUAGCACUGGUUUUAUGUUUAAGGCAGUGUCCUGCUGGAGGGUGAACUCCAGUCUCAAGUCGUUUGCAGCCUCUAACAGGUUUUCUUCCUGUAUGGCCUUGUAUUUUGCUUCAUCCACAUGACCUUCAACUCUGACCACCUUCCCAGUCCCUGCUAAAAAAAAACGGCCUCAUCCCUUAAUGCUAGGAAUAACAUUUCACAAAGUUUCGUUUUAAUCUCAUCUGACUAACACACCUUCUUCCAUAUGUUUUCUGCAUGUCCUACAUAACUUAAAACUGCCGACAUUAGGUCAGGUUACUUUUUUCAACAAUGACUUUCUUCCUGCCACUCUUCCAUACAGGCCAAAUUUUAAAGUGCAUGGCAUUUUUAUGACAAUUUGAACAACUGAGCUUUUGAUCUGUACAGCUCCUUCAUUUACCACAAAAUUAUUGGCUGCUUCCGCUUGGGAUAUUGUUUUAUAACCUAAACCUGCAAUAAACUUCACAAAACGUUCUCCCUGA